UCAGUGUGUUGCAUACGAUCGAGGCGACCUACCAAAAUAUUAUGCUGUCUACUGAACGGAACGAAGUUAGCAGAUUAUCGACAUUAAAUUUUGUCUUAUCUAAUAUAUCGUUUAUUAUAAAAUUACAAGUGCACAAAAAGUUGUCGUCAUAAAUUAAUUCCAUACAACUGCCGUUACAUUACAUAUAGAAAAUGGGCGAUGAACCUGUUAUGGCAACUAACGACGAUGCGAGUGAAUGUAAACGAGGCGCGGUUCUUUUAGGAUACUGGAACGAUGAUUAUAUUUCUUAUUUUGUGAGACAAGUAGAAAAACGAGCACCCGAAAUCAACAGGGGAUAUUACGCCAGAGUUAAAGGAAUCGAAAAUUUCAUACAGAAAUUCAUUAAUAAAGCGGGUAGUUCAGCGCAAAUCAUAAAUUUCGGAUCGGGUUUCGAUACGCUAUAUUGGAAAUUAAAAGAUGAAGGUAUACAGAUAGCGAAUUACGUCGAAAUCGAUUUUCCGCAAAUUACAUCAAAAAAGUGUUAUUUGAUAAAACGCAAUAAACCGUUGCUGGAUAGAAUUCAUAAUCAAGACGGCGAAAUCAAAUUUAGUCAAACAGACUUACAUGCCGGAAACUAUCAUUGUAUAGGGGUCGACAUGAGGAAUAUUCCCCAACUGGAAACGAAAAUUCAACAAGCCGAAGUUAAUUUCGAGCGACCAACUCUUUUUUUAGCAGAGUGUGUUUUAGUGUAUAUCGAAAAUGAUUGUGUAAAUAGACUUUUAAAAUGGAUUUCAUCCAAAUUCAGUUCGGGACUUUUUGUUAAUUACGAAAUGUGUAACAUGAAUGAUACUUUUGGUGAAGUUAUGUUAGGAAAUUUGAGAGCAAGAGGGUGUAAUUUAGCAGGAAUUUCACAUUGUAAAAAUUUGGAUAUGCAGAAAGCACGAUUUCUCAAUAACGGUUGGAUGGGGUCUCAAGCAUGGGAUAUGGUUCAAGUUUAUUAUGCGUUUACUGAAAGCGAAAGACAUAGGAUUGAAAAAAUUGAGUUUUUAGAUGAACAGGAACUUCUCAUACAACUUUUUCAACAUUAUUGUGUCUGUAUAGGAUGGUUAAGUAUUGAAUUUUCUGAAUUUACUUGUAGUGUUGAUUCUAAUUUCUAAUUUUUGUUAUUUAAUUUUUCCCUUUGCACUUCUUGGGUAUUUAUAAAUGAAAUUACUAUUUUUAUAAAUACAAUUACUAAUUUAUUUCAAUAUUUCACUGUAGAUAACACCCCAAUGUCUAAUUUAACAAUGUAUAGAGACAGAUUCACAUAAAUAUUUAUCAGGGCUAAAAAUUCUCAUAAUAUAACUUUUAAAUAUAAUUUUUUGCUUGUAAAGUAAGAGCAACAGUGGGAGAUACUUUAGUGAGGAUUUUUUGUUAAAUAAAAAAAAUAAAGAAUUUUAAGACUUAGUAAAAUCUUACUAGAAUUCAUUUAAAUAUCAAAAUUCACCUACCAUCAAAACAAACAAUUGGAGUUUACAAAAUGGCGGAAAUUCAAAUUGGUUAACGCGGUAAUAGUCCGGUCAAAUUAUACCAAAAAAUAGGAGUGAAGCUAUAUAAAUUACUACUAAGCGGAAAAAUAGUAAAAUUGUUUAAAAUAUAAUCAACAUAUAAUUUGAAAGUUCCCCGUGAUUCCCGUGUAUAGAAAAAAUUUUAUUCAUGAUCAAGUUAAAAAUAAUUAGUUUUUCGCGAUUUUCAGGGAAAAGGUAAGUUUUAUCAUAAAAAUACCUUAGACGAAAAUUGUAGAUCAUAAAAUCUACAAAAAACGUAUCAAUACUUUUUUCCUACGAGCCACCGUUUCUGAUAUAUGAUGAUUAAAAAACUUGUAAAAGGUGUAAAUUUUUGAAUCAUUAUAUCUCAGAAACGGUGGCUUGUAGGAAAAAAACUAUUGAUACGUUUUUUGUAGAUGAUUUUAUGAUCUACAAUUUUCGUCCAAGGUAUUUUUAUGAUAAAUCUAACUGUUAUGUUGAAAAUCACGAAAAACUAAUUUUUUAGACCUUUGAAAUUGUAUAAAAUUUUUUUGCAUAGAUAGGAAUGAUAUUUUAUUUUUAAUCAUAUUUUAAACAAUUUCACUGAUUUUCAGCUUGGUGGGAAUUUAUGUAACUUCAAAGACUAAAUUCACUGGACUAAUUCACCUAUCUACAGAUCAUGGUUUUCUGUGUUUGAAAUAAAAAGAAUAUUUUCUCAUGUUUUUCUUUUUUAAUGGAUUUAGUUCAAUGAAUCAUGCCGUUACUUACCUUACCAAUUGGCACUACAGCUUGAAGUGAACCUUGAUCUCCUCUACAAUAUGCCUCCAAACUUUUUCCAUUCUUUACCAACAUUUCCCAUCCUCAACACUCACGGUUUGGUCUGAUACGGGAUCUGCCUCUUUUUCUUUUCACUGGUUAAUAUUUCAUAGAUUUCUCUAUUAUUAAAAAUUCCUUUCUACUGAGUUCUUUCUAAUUCCUCUACAUUUCUUGGUCCUGUAGAUUUUUAACUCUGUUCUUCUUUUUAUUACUUUGUUUUUUAGAAUCUUCAGCUUUGCAAAAAAGCUCUUUUACCACUUUAUAUUAUUUUUUUACAUGGUUUGGUUCCGCUCGGUUUAUAUUUUCUUCGAAAUACUUAAAUUGAUUGACACCUUCGAAAGUUUUACCAUCUAUUAUCAAAUCUUCCACUCUCCUACUAUCUUCUGAUGUUUUUUAUUCAUUCAAUCAAACAUGAGAUUAAAUGUAACAAUUUUUUAUCUCACUAAAUUAUAUCAAAAUUUGAUUUCAAAUUACAUAUACACGAAUUUACGUUUUAUACAAUAAUUGUGGCCAGAAUCGAGAUGUAAACGUAAAAUAAAAACCAUUCUAUUCAAUAUUUCGUGAUUAUUUAUUUUGAUUUUAGGUUUCAUUUAAUUGAAUUUUCGUUUAUAAACAUAAAAUAUUGAUUUAGUCUUUAUCAAAAUAUCAUACCAAAGUAGGUCGAAAGGUCAAGAUUUUAUCUGUUUUUAAACGAAAAUCAAAAAUGGUCACUCAAUCUAUUUGUUGUCCUUUCUUUAUUAAAUCGUCCUUCAUGUUCUCUUCCUUGAUUUACUACCAUUCUUUUAUUGUCUUUAUCUAUAGGUCUAACGAACCAGUUUAAACAUGUUUUAACUAUUUCGUUUUCUAUUGGUUCCCGUUUUAGUUUUUCUAUAUCUUAUUCUAUUCAUCCUUUUUUUUGUUUAUUACCAAGGUUUCACUUUCGAAACAGCUAAAGGAUUUAUUCGUGUGAGUUACUGCAUUUAAAUUUCAAUUCAAUUAAUUUAUAUACAAAUACCCAAGAUAUUUUAUGUAAACAUAUCUAUCUGUUUUUAUUUUUUAUUAUAAAUUUAAUUAUGUAUCAUCAUUUUUUUGAUUAUAAAUUGAUGCUUAAGCUUUCGGUAGUCGCGCCAAUUUUUGUUUUUAACAUUAGUCGCUCUCAUAGACCAGGCGACCAGACUCAAAAUCACGCAGCAACUGCUGAAAGCCAUUUUAGCCAAAUAUGAUUCGCAUCUUAGUGUUUACAAAAUUAAAAGGAAUGGUCCCGUCUAACAGACAGCGGCGCGACUAAGGGAAAGUUGAAAAUACUUUUUUAAUUGUUCGAAAAACUCGUCUUCUUAUAAAUAUUAUUAACACUUUGUUGUUGGUAAAAAUAUAUUUACAAGGGCCGUUUUUUUUUCAACCUCCGA